UUUAGUAAGGCUGGAGUGGGCCCGGGCCCAAGACGUGAGGAUGGGCCAUCUGGACAUGGCGGGAAACAAAACCUUCUCAGCAAAUGCUCUAUUGCAGAAACAGCCUUGCCUUGCCAUGGAUGGUGUCUACGAGAAUGAAGCUGACUGCUGCAAGGGCAAGUUCAAGAGUGACAUUGUUGGAAACCAAUCGCCCCACACCUGGAAUGUGCCCCCAGCACAUGCAACAAAAGAAUCAAUGGCUUCUGCCCAGGGAUAUCGGGAUGAUGGGCAGGGAUACGAGUCUCUAAGAUUUCCUGACCAGCAAAUGAAGAGGAUUCCAGAGACAGGAGUGAAAAUGGAACCAGGUAGACGCUUCUUCCUGAUGUAUCUUCUGUUGGUACUUUGUUUCCUCCUGAUCUUCAUGUUUUUCGGGAUUCUGCUGGGCAAAGUACUGAAGCUUUCUUCGGAAGUAGGGUUUCCAUGUGGAUCCAGAAGCCGGGAAUGGGAGUACUUUGAUGGCCAAUGUUACUACUUUUCUGUUGAAACUGUUACUUGGCAGAGGGCUAGGUCUCAGUGCCAGGCGAAGAAUUCAGACCUGGUGGUAAUUCAUGAUGAGGCCGAACAGAAUUUCAUCCAGUCUCGAACCAGGAAAGAGAAAUUCUGGAUCGGACUCCAUGACCUGGAUAUUGAAGGGGAAUGGAAGUGGGUUGAUGGCACAGAUUACAGAACCAGCUUCAAGAAUUGGAUGUCGGGGGAACCCAAUGACAACUUCAGCAAAGAAGAUUGUGCCCAAAUCAGUGUGGCUGGGGAAUGGAAUGACAUAUCCUGUAACCACACAGACUCCUAUGUGUGUGAAAAACGUUUGCCUUCCUGAAGAAACACAAAACACAAUGCAUACUUUUUCAGCCCAUCCAAACAGAAUUGCAAGGACAAGCUCUCCCUCCAGAUACUGCAUGUUGUGAACCAAUCGCUUUAGACUGUUAUAGGUUUUGUGCAGCUAAAAUGAAAAACAGAGUCAAUAAAAUCUUCCUAGGUUAAAGUUAUUUGCUGUUUGUUUCUGAGCAAUAGAACAAACAAGAAUGCUGUUCCUAAACUUCUGCAAUUGAAACCAUCUCUUUGCGUUGUCAGCAUGAGGACACGUUCACUAAGGCGGUUAAGGCGGUUGUAUGAAACAAGCAUAAAUGAACUCCACAGGAGAUCUGCAUAUGGCGAACUGGCAGUGCUCAAUUUCUAGGAAAAUAAAUAGAUGUUAGCAUGGUCCACUUGCCUGGAUGCCCUUAUAUAUAGAUUGUGCAUUAUGGUGUUUUUUUCCCCUGUUUUGUUUUUGGCCCAAAUGCGAAACACCCCCAUUUUGUUCUUUGUUCGAAAUUGCAAAAUCAAAAUCUGAAAUGUAUUGGAUUUUAAAAAAUGGUCCUGGGGGAAAGGGUGGAGGUGGUAGUGCACAAUGGGUGUAAGCUACCAUCCACAUUUCAGAGGAAUUGGGCAAAGGGCUGAUUUUUAGUGAAUUUUUGAAGUUUGAGAUUUUCCCUAUAGGGAAUAAUGGAGGUUUCAGCAAAAGUAUAGCUUCA